UCUUAUAGUUGCCAUUGCUAGCUUGCUUGACGUAAUCCCCUGCAGCAAGAUGAUGUCCCUUACCUCACGAUCGGGGGCUUUCUCUCCGUAUAUGCGAGCGACAGCUUUUGCAGUUGCGGGACCUCUCAAAGCGCUUGUUCCCGGGGUAGUUGUAAAGGGUGAGAAACACUUGAUGGAUCCAAUCAAACAGUUCUUAUGUCGUGAGUCGCUGAAUGGUCAAUGCCCGAGGACGGGGCCUGCUGUAACAGUUGCCAUAAAUGCCUGUGCUGGAGUCCGCUAUGCCCACACUGAUAUAAAAGUUCCUGACUUCUCUGACUACAGGCGGUCCGAGGUUCUUGAUCCCAACAAGUCCUCCCAGGAGAGCAGUGAAGCCAGAAGGGCCUUCUCUUACCUGCUCACCGGUGCCACAACUGUGGUGGCUGUUUAUUCUGCCAAGACUGUGGUCACUCAGUUUGUUUCCUCCAUGAGUGCCUCAGCUGAUGUGUUGGCUCUGUCAAAGAUUGAAAUCAAGCUUGGUGACAUCCCUGAGGGCAAGAAUAUGACCUUCAAGUGGAGAGGAAAACCCUUAUUUGUUCGUCACCGCACAGAUAAGGAGAUUGCUGCCGAAGCUGCUGUGAACAUUGUUGAGCUACGUGACCCCCAGCAUGAUGCAGACCGUGUGAUUAAUCCUAGCUGGGUCAUUGUCCUUGGUGUGUGCACCCAUCUGGGUUGUGUGCCUAUUGCCAAUGCUGGUGACUUUGGAGGCUAUUACUGCCCCUGCCAUGGCUCCCACUAUGAUGCCUCGGGCCGCAUCAGGAAAGGUCCAGCCCCACUCAAUUUGGAGGUGCCCUACUACGAGUUCCCAGAUGAUGAUACAGUGAUUGUAGGGUAAAUAAUAGAAAGCGGACUGGGCUCUCAUUAUAGACAUAGUUACGUAUUUUUCAAAAGCAUUGCAGUGCUGACUUUGUAUUUUAGAAGAUCCAAUAGUUCAACAAUGCUUUUGAAGAAAAUGCUGGCUUUGUAAGUUCAGAUGCAACAACAUAUGUGAUUCUGUAACUUAUGGUCCCUCUAAUUAACGUCAACAAAUUCUUGAAAUGUCAUCAAUAAAUGAUUUUAAUUAAUGUAUAUUUUAUGUGAUCACUAGCGCUCAUUCUGUUAUUUAUGAAUCAAAUGCUCAAAUUUUAUUUUUUGCUCUAUUAAACAAUAUUCUAAA